AUGUGUAAAGAUGAUAAUGACUGUAAUUCAAUACUGAACGGAGAAUGUUCUGAAGACAAAAAAUGUAGAUGCAAACGUGAUUAUGCUGAAUAUAAUAACACAUCGUGUGCACCACUUCUUGGUGCAUAUUGCUCUGUAGAUAAACUAUGUGCACUCCACAACUCUAUUUGUAUAAAUAAUAUAUAUCACUUGGGAAUGAGCUGUCAAACAGAUGAAACAUGUGAAAUACUCUUGUAUUCACAUUGUUCGAAUGGAACAUGUGUUUGUAGAGGAGGUUAUGCUAUGGUAAAUGAAACGAGUUGUGCGCCGGUACUAGGCGAAUAUUGUAGGAGAAAUCAACAAUGCGCACCUUUGAAUUCUCAGUGCGUUGACAAUAUAUGCCUGUGUAAAAAUGAUUAUGUACUGCAAUCUGAUAACAAAUGCGUAGCAAAGUAUUUAGAACUAUCAUGCAAAGAAGAUGAUGAUUGUAAUCAAGUCAAAUUUUCAAUCUGUUCUUACGAUAAAAAAUGUCGGUGUAACACGAAUUAUGUUGCUCUUGGUAUCACAAAAUGUAUUGGGUUCAUAGGUGAAUAUUGCGACAAAAAUGAGGAAUGUAUUUCAUACAAUACUAUUUGUAUAAAUAAUAAAUGUCAAUGCCCACCUGGAUAUGCUGCCAAGUCUAAACAAGAAUGUGAUCUCGUUACUUCUGUAUAUCGUUGUAAUGAUAAUUCGGAUUGUGGUGAUCCAUGGCACAAUAAGUGUUCAGCAGAAAAAAUAUGUGUUUGUAAUUCAAACAAUAUAUCAAUAAACAAAUCAACAUGCUCGCCUCUUCUGAAUGGUUAUUGUUGGACCGAUCGUCAAUGUGCCGUUGCAAAUUCAUUUUGUUUUGAUUACCGAUGCAAAUGCAAUCAUACAUUCGUGCCUGUAUCAAAAAAUCUGUGCUUGCCACUCUGA